AUGCGGGAUUUAACGGCUUUUAAACGGGAGCUCCGACUCGUCAUCGCCUCUCUGGCCAAGCAGCUGCUGUCCGAGUCUUUCACCGCCAAACACAAACUUCCUGUUCACGAACAAAACCGCGAAACUGAGGUGAAACUGGUUCAGCGUCUCUGUGAUGAAGCUGUGGAUGAAAUCCUGAAGAUGGUCGAUCAGGACUUCAGUGAUCCGGUUCAGAGUGACGACGGAGGAGCAGCUGGAGGUCCUCAAACAUCUGGUGAUGAGGGAGGUCAGCGCCCCCCCACAGAGCAGACCCUGAUCCUGGUCUACGAGAGAGCAGCAGUGGACUCUGACUGUGUGUUGCUGUCUGUUCAGGGUUCAGCAGACUGCAGCGAUGAGACAGCUGACUGCUCCUCUCCUCCUCCUCCUCUUCCUCUUCCUCUCCAUCAUGAGUACUCACGGUCCUCUCCUCCCGCUGCAGAGGAAGGGGGCGUGGCCUCAGCAGCACGCAGCAGGAAGAGGAAGAAGGACUCGGUGGGGGCGGGGGGGGCGGAGCUUCCUGUCAGCUGCUCUCAGUGUGACAUGUUGUUCCCAAACAGCGAGCGGCUCUCAGACCACCUCAGGAAGAGUCAUCCGGCGUGCUCGGCGUGCGGCGCCACGUUCAGCGGCGUCCUGAAGCUUCGCCAACACCAGGAGGAAGAACACGGUCUGCUGCCGUACGCCUGCGACUACUGCGCCAAAACCUUCAACCACAGAGCUCACAGAGACGUGCACGUGAAGGCGCGGCACACCGGAGAGAAGAGCGUGCACUGUGACAUCUGUGGGAAGGGCUACUCCUGCGCCAGCGUGCUGAAGACGCACCGCAUCACGCACUUCGACAAGACCUUCAUCUGCGAUGUCUGCGGGAAGAGCUUCUACCACGCCUGUCACCUGACGCGCCACAAGCUGGUGCACCGGGCGGAGCGGCCGUACCGCUGCUCCACCUGCGGGAAAGGCUUCACGCAGGCGGAGAACCUGCGCAGCCACCAGGCCAUCCACAGCGGGGAGCGGCAGCUGUGCUCCGUGUGUGGGAAGAGUUUCCGCUGCCUGAAGAACCACGUCAUCAGCAAACACUCGCACGAGCUGCCGGCCGCCGAGCCGCCGCCACGCUGCUCCGUCAGCUGCGACGUCUGCGGGAAGAAGUUCCCCAACCGGUCCCAGUACCGAGUCCACCAGAGGAGCCACACGGGGGAGAAGCCGUUCCACUGCGACGUGUGCGGGAAGAGCUACCGGCUGAAGGAGCUGCUGAGGGACCAUCGCUACACCCACAGCGGGGAGAAACCCUACCGCUGCUCCCUCUGCUCCAAAACCUUCAACCUGGCCACCAGCUUCAUGCGCCACCGCAGCAUCCACAGCGGAGAGACACCGUUCAGCUGCCACGCCUGCGGGAAACACUUCCGCCUGCUCACCUUCCUCAAGGCUCACCUGCAGACCAAAGCUCACCUGAAGCAGACGCAGCAGCCUCCACCUCUGACCUCUGACCUCUGA